ACGGCCAGGACCAACACCCCUCUCACCAACACGAUAUCGUCAUGGCUGCCUCUUUCCGCGCUCUCGCAACUCUCCCUCCCUUCAACUACUUUCCUCGUCUCUCCAAGCACCCACGCACACGCCCACCCAACCCGCAAACUCGCCAUGGCUCUCGCCGCCUCCCCCCGCGCCCCCGCGCUCUUGCCGACCAGCUGCUCUCCACGAGCAGGCGACAACAAAGAACGCCCGCCAUCGUCAUUGAGGAGAGCGAUUCCGAGGGAUGA